AUGGACGGCAUCUCGGACGAUUCACCCCUGGCUACCCUGCUCUGGGUCUGGGACUGCGUCGAGACUUUACUUGAAAGAUACCCUCGUCUUCCUGUGGACUUCUGCGUACUGUCUACUUAUCUCUUCUUGUUUGAUGGAGCCUUGAAAACAGCUCUCAACUCUCUGGCCUUGUUUGGCUGGCUGAAACUCGCUCCCUUCCGACUUAUACGAGCAGCCCACCAGGGUAUUUUCGCGGUGGUAGUCGGCGCAGCUCUUUGGUCUACACGCUUUUUUUCUCCUCGGUCCCGGAGUGACGAAUGCCGUGGUGCUCCCGGAUGGUCUGCUUUGUCUUACCUGAUUCCUUGUUGCGUCACACAGACGAGACUGCUGCCCAAGAGGCAUUCCUUCUCACACCCACAUCUCCUCGUGGGCAUCCCAGUAGGGAUCAAGGGAGUUGUCAAUGGGGUGAUAUCGGUGGAAGAACCAGGUCCCCGUUCAGCUGUCCCGUAUUUCCUCUCAUCAUCCAAGGCAUGGUACGACGUGGAUUCGGCUGAUCACCUGGAUGGAGGCGCAGGCGGCCUUCGCCACAAACUAGAUGGCCAUCUCAAGUCUCAGGGAGCCGAUCCGGAAGACUACCCCUACGCAUAUCUGGUCACCACUGCAAGGUCGAUGGGGUACCACUUCAGCCCGGUGUCUUUCUGGUACCUUUAUUCACCAGACAAGACGCUCUCUGCCAUGGUUGUUGAGAUGAACAAUCUCUUUGGGGAAAGACGUGCUUAUGUAUUGACUAGAGAUGGUGCUGCCAAUCGUCUGACAGCCGCGAGGCCCCAAGAGGCAAGGAGGCCAGAUAUCUUCAAUGCCUCGUGGAAAAAGGACUUUCAUGUUUCGCCAUUCAACUCCAGAAAGGGUUCGUAUACCCUCCUCGCCACAGACCCCCUGGAACCGGACCUGGAGGGAUUCCGAGGCAUCGAUGCGACAAUCACUCUGGUAUCAUCAAAGGGGCAAACAAAGGUUGUCGCCAAGGUCUCAUCAUCAGGCGAAGCUAUUGACGCCUCUUCUAUGAACUUGUCCCAGAAGCUGUGUUUCCUGAGCUCCUGGUGGUUGAACGGCUUCCUCACUCUCCCAAGGUUAGUCAAGGAAUAUGCUGUACUAUACUUCAAGCAUGAUCUUCACAUCUGGUAUCGACCCGAGCCUCUGAAGGACACCUGGGCAAGAAAUGCCAGCGCUACCGAGAUGGUCUUGGAGAGUGUUUUCCGCGAUUACCUCGGCUUUCUGGUAGAGUCGUCCCCUAUGCCUUUGGUAGUGGUGUACAUCCCAAGUCGGAUCCCUGGACAUGGAGAGCAAGUUUUCCAAUCACCCAGUGCGGCGGGUGAGAGGGCCCCCGAAGCCGAAAAGGUUCGUAUAAAGGUUCUCACCCCAUCAUUCUACUCUCGUUUCGUCAGCUAUGCCCACGACAUGGAGGCCAUCUUUUGCGAAAUGACUGAGAGCUGCACCAUCUGGGUUGACAAGCCCGACGUCCUCCCAAAGAUCUUUAUCAAGAGACCUACGCCACCGGUAAACACCCACAGACUCGGCGAAUUUCUCAUGUUCAAGGCGAUUCAUUCCCUGCGUCGACGACCGCCCAGCAUUAAGCGACCCAUGACGUCUGCCGAACACCCUGCACCAACGCCCCGUGUAGUGGAUAUUCGCGACUUUCGUAUCUCGUCAAUGGACGGCUUCGUCCUCAAUCAUAUGGCGUCCUCGGACAGGGCGGCGUACAGUUCCGCGGUGAUUCGACAGUUCCUAGCGGACCGAUUACUUGGGGGCUACGCCAGUGUCCUCGAGGCCGGGGGUACCCUUUGUCGACUGGCAGUGGUCUGGGCUGCUGCCACGAUGUUGGCCAAUAUUGCAACAGGGCUCAAUCUUAUUUGA